AAUUUAGGGGAUUAGCCGAAACUGACACAUGCUUGCUUGAAAAUAUUUAGAACAUAGGCAGGAGUUUUCAGUAGAAUUAUGCCUCCAUCAAACAGUCUAGACUACUUGAACUCCUUCAGAAUGAGCGAGAAGAUAGUUGACUAUACAACAUUACAUCAGAAAAUGAUCUGUCGCAUGUUACUUGCUAAUCUAAUGCUGCAGUGGAAAACCUAUCACAUCGUUUAUUGCCUGGUUAAGUAUUAUCUAAAACAAUAACUUCACAAUAGUUCAAGUUAUAAUUCCAUUGUUUAUUUUUAGCUACUUUGGAACGUUGGAACAAUCAGGUUACUUUAUAAUUAAACGAAUCAAUAUAUAGAUCACGUGUUAUUAUCACCAUUAUAAGACACGAUGCUAACUAACCUCAUACAUUUC